AUGUCUGAGGAUUGGGAUUCCACCACCAAGAUCGGCUCCCGUGCCCGUGGCCCCGGUGCCGGUCAGCGAGAGACCGUUGUUCGAGGCAAGGCCGCUCUCAACGCCGCUCAGCGAGCUGGUGGCCUCACCACUGAGAAGAAGUACGCUUCUGCCAACGCCGGCUCCGCACCGGAGGGCCAGCGCAUGACCAAGGUCGACCGUUCCGACGACAUCAUCAAGCCCAACACCAUUGGCAAGACCGUCGGCGACGUCAUCUCCAAGACCCGGCAGCAGAUUGAGCCCAAGAUGACACAGAAGGACCUCGCCACCCGCUGCAACACCACCCAGUCCAUCGUCGCCGACUUUGAGCGAGGCACCGCCGCCCCCGACCAGAAGGUGCUCGGCGCCAUGGAGCGUGUGCUCAACGUCAAGCUGCGCGGCAGCGACAUUGGCGCCCCCAAGUUCCCCAACAAGAAGAAGUGA